AUGCCGCCUCCGACGCAGGUGGCGCCGCCCAAGAUUGGGCAGCUCAACCCGAAGCUGGCGCGGACCAGGUCAGUCCUCAACGACAUCACCGGUGAUUCCAGCCUGCAGCAGAUCUAUGCUUCCAUGUUCUUCCUCUUCGUGCCAACCUUUGUGGCGCGCCUGUCCUGGAUUGGCAUGAAGACGACCGACACUGCGCUUCUGGGCCACUCCGGGACCCUCUACCUCACAGCUUCUUCCUUGUCGGACUUCUGGACCUCCAUGAGCGGAGUCUUCGUGAACGACGCUCUCUUGGGAUCGCUGUGUGGCCAGGCCUUCGGCGCACGCAACUACGACCUCGUUGGCACCUGGCUGCAGAUCUCCUUUACCCUGUUUUCCUGGGUCUUGAUCCCCGUGGUCCUCCUCUGGUGGAUGACUGCUCCCGUCCUUCGGCACGGAUUCGGCGCGGAUGCGGAGGUCGCAAACGCCGCAGGCUACUACGCGAAGGUCAUGGCCUGCUGCCUUCCUGCAACAAUGCUGUCCUCGAGGCUCACCACCUUCUUCAACUCCCAGAAGAUCACAGGCCCGAGCUCCAAGACGACGCCCGUCGCCCUCUUCUUGAACUUGGCCUUAGGCUUGCAGCUCGUUCUUGGCAUCCCCUUUGCGGGCGUCCAGUUCGGCUUCUGGGCGUGCCCGAUUGUAACAACCACCGUCGAGUGGUUCGUGACUCUGAUGCUGCUGGUAGUCUACUGUGGAUACUUUGGAUACCAUGAGAAGUGCUACGGCGCCAAGCUGCACGAGUGGAACUACCUCCGUGAUGUCUUCGUGGCACCCCUCCUGACUGACGGGACGGGGAGCCGUUUCCCGUACUACGAUGAGAACAUCCACCCAAGAUUGUGGAACUUUGUGCGACUCGUCAUUCCUGCCACCUUGGCGUUGGCAUCCGAUUUCUGGCGAAUGUCUGCCAUCGGUCUCCUUGCCGGCACCCUGGGCGAUGCUGAGGUGGGCGUCUUCAACGCGAGCUACCGCCUUGCCUGGAUGAACUUGACGAUCAUUGGAGCCUUCAGCAGCGCCUGCGUGACACAGUUGGGCAUCGCCCUUGGAACAGGGGAUGGCCGGCUGUCCACCAAGAUCAGGGACCUGGGCAUCGGCAGCGUCGCCGCCUUUCUCUUGGCCACCACGGCUGCCACUUUGGUCUUUGUGAGGCCCCUGGCGUCGAUCUUUAGCAAUGACCCAGUGGUGAUCGACCUCUUCGAAGAAUGUCGGCUGGAGAUGGGGUUGAUGAUCUUCUUCAUGUGUUUCUCCGUUCACUUCGAGAGCCUCCUCAUGGCCUUGAAGAAGACAGACACCGUGUUCCGGGCGGCGCUCAUUGGCUCCUGGGGAGGUCAGGUGCCUGCAGUCCUGCUGCUGUUCUACUUCUCAGGGCGAACGCUGCAGAAUGUAUACCUCGGAAUCGGCCUCGGCUAUGGCUUGCUCUUCCUCCUCUACGUCAUCCCCCUUCUAAGGACCGAUCUGGCCUUGGCAGCCCAUGCUGCCUCGUCAGAGAACGAGGCCACCACGCCGCUGGCAAGCUGA